GCGACCCGAGCUGGCGCAAGACGUUGAUCAUUGGGAUUGUGUGUGUGUAUGUGAUUUCUGUCAUCACUUAGUGAACUCUUGCAUUCUGGACAUUUCUGAGAAUUCUUAAUCAUGAGAUCGUCAAAGCGACUUCUAGAGCAUCAUGUGAGCUGAAAUGUCAGAGCAGAAUAAGGGGCACUUGACAAUGGGGCUUCCUCGAGCGAGCGGCAAGCGGCGGUGGUCAGGUGACGGCAACGCUGACGAAGUACCGACCAAGGUGAUCUGCACGUCACCGCCCCACGCCCUCUGUGCCGAGGACGUGUUACACCACCCCGCCCUCACCCACGCCCACGCUUCUACGCCCGCCAUUGAGUGCGAGCUCACCACGCCCGUGGAUUCUUCAGACGCCUCGGAGGCGUCCACCCGACUGCCCGAGGAGGAACAGGACUCCUCCUCGUCGUCGUCCUCCGCCCCGACAGCCGCGGCCGCCCUCCAGCACACUCAGGACGACGUCGCCUUCACCGAGUCCGAGGACGACUCCAUGGAUGAGCACGAAGACUUUAUUGAUGACGAGGAGGACAAAGACUCUGGGUUCAUUGAUAGUAAUUCUAUAGACAAUUCCUCUGAUGAUGAAGUGGAAAGUAGAGUGAUAUCAGACUUACCAGUGUCGACAUCAUUGUCAUCCCUCUCUCCCUCAUCCUCCAGCCUCACCACCGUCACCGCCUCGUCCGCCGCCACCACCACCACCACAUCCAUCCCUCACGUCUCCUCAUCUCUUCAGCUCUCCCUGUCGAGAGUCUUGCCAUCCUCCUCCUCUUCCUCCUCCACCUCCUCCUCCUCCACCUCCUCCUCCUCCACCUCCUCCUCCACCUCCUCCACCACCACGACCACCACCACCACCACCAAUUCCGUCACAAGCAGCACCUCCCCAGCCCUCUCAUCUCCGCACGUCCUCCUCCCGCCCACCUCGCCCUCGCCCUCACCCUCGCCCUCACCCUCACCCUCACCCUCACCCUCACCCUCACCCUCUCCCUCUCCCGCCUCCCCCACCACCACCGCCGCCACCACCAUCUUCACUCCCUCCACAUCCCCGGAUUCCUUAGUGUCCAACCAGACCACGUGCAGCACCACCACCACCACGAGUGUGUGUAGCAGUGGCGCGGGCGGCGGCGAGGAACGCCUGGCGGCCACUCUGGUGAGUGACGGCAGCGUCACCACCGUCACUGCCGCUCAGACGGGCACGGUCGUGACGAGUGCCUAUCAGGGCGCCCUCACCUCUCCUGCCUACGACCCGCACUCGUACCCAUACCCACCGGAGUCGUACCCGGCCCGACCCUCGACGCCGGCAUGGGGCAGCUGCAAUUUCUACGACGGUUCUCAGCCUCAUACCAAUAAGUACAUGGAAAUCUCGCCGAGCAAAGCCGGGGGCGCCAACCAGUCCAUUCAGUGUGACGAGAACGGCAAGUCGUACCUGGAGCUGGGCAGCGCCUCCCCCUACACCCACACGUACUCGAAUGAGUGCGGCAACUACACGACGUCGCCCUCGAGCUACCCGUCGCAAACCUACAAUCAGACGUACACGAGCUCCAGCACGUACGGCCAGCCCGGCGCCUACUACAACACCAGGCAGAGCUACAGCCCGAGCCCGUACGUGUACCCGGCCGGUGACGGCUAUGCCGGCUUCGACGGCGAGGCCGGCUGUGGCUAUGGGUACGGCGUCAGCGGCUACGGAGGCGCACGGGGCACGCUACCCCCUGCGCGCGGGCCCCAGCGGUGCAUGUCCCCGUACUGUGACCCCACGCGGGGAACAGCGAAGCCUUCCUGCUACCACCAACAGCGUCUCUCAGUGCUCAACGUGUCCAUGUACAAAUUGAACAGAUUCCGGCAGUUCCCGGAGCCGAACCUCCACCGUUCAGUGCUCAUCUGCAACACCCUGCGGCACAUAGAGCGGGAGCUGGAGGCCGAGGGCGUGAGCGUCGCCUCGCUGCUGGCCCAUUCUCACAGCCACGGUGCCCACCCGCACCUUCAGGGCGCCGCGCCCAGUGCUGUUGCCCCUUGCCCCGAGCCAAUGCCGUCCUCACCUCCUGUCUCUCCCGCUCCCACGGAAGGACCUCUGCCCCCGAUGCACAGCCAGCUAGUAGGAUCCCCCCUGGCAGCGCCUGUCUCACUGCCUCCGUCCACACCCGUCACGCCGCCGCCACCGCCGCCGCCGCCAGUGUCUCACUUCAGCACUGCAGGGCCCACCGUGCAGUACCCGAGCGCGCAGUACCUCCCGGCCGAGCACCAGACCACCUAUGACGGCAGGGAAACGGCGCACCUGCGGCCGUAUCAGCCUUUGCCUGCGAGCACGCACCACAGCGGCAGUGGCGAGGGCCCCUCCGCAGGGCCUGAGGAGUCCGAGGAAGCCGAGGGCCCUCCUCCGUCCCCUACCAUCAGAUCUUCGCCACUGCCCGCGGAGGAGCGCACCGACGCCAUUAACUGGUGCUCGGUGCUGAGCCUCUCCUCCCAGACCGACCUGGACUCCAUGAACAACAACGAGUACGGCGACUGGGGCGGCGAGAGCAGCGCCGACCUGGACUACGGGCGAGCGGACGACGCCCCGCCGUGGAAGCUGCCGUCGCUCAGUGCCGACGAUGUGCUCAAGUCUUUCCCCGAGGCCUCGAAGAGACUGGAAGCCAAUGAGGACCUGGACUCCAUAAUAAAUGUCUUGGUUGGCUCUUAGCAU